UCGUUUUCUCUGUCUACUGUAUUUCGUGUUUUCGCCGAAUAGAAGUAAACCAGAUCAUGAUUCAUGAAUCCAUAAUCAAGUAAGAAAUCAAGAUCAUCUCUUUUGAAGAAGAAGAAGUGAGAUUUUCUAAUCCAAUAAUCCAAUAUGAACAACAACAACAACAGUAGAAGAAGAGAGAAAACGAAGAUGAAGAUAGCAUUAAGUUGCUCGAUCUGUCAAACAAACUACGACGAAAGCCAACGAGUUCCUCUAACUCUUCAAUGCGGUCAUAGUUUCUGUAAACUAUGCCUUUCUCGUCUCUUCUCCUCAACGCCUUCCACCGCCGUUUCAUGUCCUGGUUGCCGACACGUCUCCGCCGUCGGGAACUCCAUUUCCGCACUCCCUAAAAACUUUCCUCUUUUAUCUCUCUUACGUCCUAAUGAUACCAAUUCAGAUGCUUAUUCCGACACCGACGAUGAAGACGGCGAUGCUCGUUCUGUCAGUGAAGACGGUGGUGAUAACGGUAACGGUAAUGUUCAGAGGUGUUUUGGAGUUGGAUUUUCUAUUGAUAUGUCUAGGCAUCGGAAUUUGAGGUUGAUUGAGAAAUUUAGUGAAGGGAGGAGGGUUGGGGCGGAACUUUGGAAGGCGAAUUUGAGUGGUAAAGGGUGCGGGGGACAUGUUGUGGCUGUUAAGCGGGUGAAAAUUGGAGAGGGGAUGGAUGUGGAAUGGGUGCAAGGUGAGCUGGAGAAGCUGAGGAGAGCGUCUAUGUGGUGUAGAAAUGUGUGUAGUUAUCAUGGUGCUAUUGUUUUGGAUGGUUAUAUUUGUCUUGUGAUGGAUAAGUCUUCUAGCUCAGUGGAAAUUGAAAUGCAGAAAAAUGGAGGAAGGCUUACACUGGAGCAAAUUCUCAGAUUUGGCGCGGAUAUUGCUCGUGGAGUAGCUGAGCUUCAUGCAGCAGGAGUUGUAUGCAUGAACUUGAAACCUUCCAAUUUCCUAUUGGAUGCAAAUUAUCAUGUUAUAGUUUCUGAUUAUGGGCAUCCGCUUAUUUUGAGAAAGUCUUCUUGUCGUAAAGCUCGAGAAAUUGAUUCAUUGCAAAAGCAUUUAUGCAUAGAAUGUAUGCUGCUUAGUCCAAAUUAUACUGCACCUGAGGCCUGGGAACCAGCAAAGAGAUCUCUCCCCUUAUUCAGAGAAGAUGCUGCUGGCAUAUCUUUGGAGUCAGAUGCCUGGAGUUUUGGUUGUGCUCUGGUUGAAAUGUGCACUGGGUCUACCCCGUGGGCAGGUUUGAAUGCUCAGGAAAUUUAUCGUGCUGUUGUCAAGGACCGAAGGCUACCUCCACAAUACUCAACUAUAGUUGGUGCUGGAAUCCCAACUGAAUUAUGGAAGAUGAUUGGUGAUUGUUUGCAGUUUAAAGCAUCAAAGAGACCAGCAUUUAAUGAUAUGCUAGCCAUAUUUUUACGUCAUUUGCGCGACAUACCUCGUAGUCAUCCAGAUAGUCCUAUCAAUGGGUUUGCUGAGUGUCCUGAGAUAGACACAAGAGCGAAGUCUCCUACGUCUGUUUUGGAUGCUUUCCAUGCUAGCCCUAACUAUCUGCAUCAACUUGUGUCUGAAGGUGAUCAGAAUGGUGUUAGGGAUCUUCUUGCUAAGGCAGCUUCAACAAGUGGUAGCAGCUCCAUCCUUUCUCUACUAGAAGCACGAGAUGCUGAUGGUCAAACUGCUUUACACUUGGCUUGUAGACGAGGUUGUCUUGAACUAGUUGAGGCCAUCUUGGAAUACAGUGAGGCUGAUCCAAAUCUCCCAAACAAAGAUGGCAAUCCACCAAUUGUAUUUUCUCUGGCAGCUGGAUCCCUAGAAUGUGCUCGUGCUCUCAUAAGAAAAUCACCUGGUGUUGUACAUAAGAUGAAUGAAAGCCUUGGCUCAUCUGUUGCUCAUGUUUGUGCAUAUAACGGCCACCCAGACUGCAUGCGUGAGAUACUAUUGGCAGGAGCCGACCCAUAUACUCUGGAUGACAAUAAUGAAUCCAUUCUACAUGUGGCCCUUGCCAACAAAUUCACAGAGUGUGCCAUUUCCAUAUUGGAAAAUGGAGGGUGCAGAUUAAUGGGUGUCCUAAAUUCAAAUAAAAUCACACCUCUACAUUUGUGUGUAGAAAUGUUGAAUGUGACAGUUGUCAAAAGGUGGGCUGAAGUUGCUACAAUGGAAGAGAUUGCUGAAGCAAUUGAUAUAGCAAGCUCAGUGGGAACAGCAUUAUGCAUGGCAGCUGCUUUAAAGAAGGAUCGUGAGCCUGAGGGUAGGGAGCUUGUGAAGAUAUUGCUAUCUGCGGGUGCUGAUGUUAAUUCACAAGAUUGCCAAUAUUGGCGUACUGCUUUGCACACAGCUGCUAUGGCCAAUGAUGUUGAGCUGGUGAAGAUUAUUCUUGAUUUUGGAGUGGAUGUGAAUAUCAGAAAUGUAAACAAUACCAUUCCUCUUCAUUUAGCAUUGGCCAAAGGUGCAAAGCCAUGUGUUGAACUGCUCUUAUCCUCUGGAGCAGACUGUAAUUUGCAGGAUGAUGAUGGUGAUAAUGCUUUCCAUAUUGCUGCUGAUGCAGCAAAAUUGAUUCGUGAGAACCUCGAAUGCCUUGUUUUCAUGCUGCAAUAUCCUGAUGCUGCUGUUGAAACAAGAAAUCACAGUGGCAAGACAUUGUGUGACCUUUUGGAAGCCCUACCACGAGAAUGGAUUUCCGAAGAUCUGGUGGAAGCUCUAAUGGAGAAAGGAGUUCAUUUGUCACCAACAAUAUAUCAACCUGGGGACUGGGUAAAAUUCACGAGAAAAGUUGUGAUUCCAACAUAUGGCUGGCAAGGUGCUAUGUAUAGAAGUGUUGGAUUUGUGCGAACAGUUUUGGAUAGUGACAAUCUUGUUGUGUCAUUUUGCUCCGGAGUGGCUCAUGUAUUAACAAAUGAAGUUAUAAAGGUGAUUCCUCUGGAUAGAGGACAGCUGGUGCGCAUCAGGACCGAUAUUGAACAACCAAGGUAUCCAUUGACCGGCCUUUCACUUAGCAGCAUUGGAACAGUUCUUUGUGUGGACGAUGAUGGGAUUGUACGCAUUGGAUUUACUGGUGCAUCAAGGGGGUGGCAAGCUGAUCCUGCAGAACUUCAAAGGGUUGAAGAGUUCAAAAUAGGUGACUGGGUGCGUGUUCUCCCCACAUUGACAGUUACCAAACAUGGACUUGGAGCUGUCACUCCUGGGAGCAUUGGUGUAGUCUGCUGCAUCAGACCUGAUCAUAGCUUAGUGUUGGAAUUUAGUUACUUGUCAAACCCAUGGCUUUGCGAACCUGAGGAGGUUGAAUCAGUCACCCCUUUUAGGAUUGGUGACAGGGUGUGUGUGAAACGAUCUGUUGCGGAGCCGAGAUUUGCUUGGGGUGGUGAGACACAUCAUAGUGUUGGAAGAAUUAUAGACAUAGAGAGUAAUGGAUUUCUGAUUAUUGAAAUACCAAAUCGAGCCAGACCGUGGAAAGCUGAUCCAUCAGAUAUGGAAAAGGUGGACGUGUUGAAGGUUGGUGACUGGGUCCGAGUGAAGGCUUCUGUUCCAUCACCAAAAUAUGGAUGGGAAGACAUUAACCGUCUUAGCAUUGGGAUUGUCCACAGCUUAGAUGAUGGUUGUGACGUGCAUGUUGAAUUCUGCUUCAGGACCAAACAUUUUAUGUGCUCUGUCACAGACUUGGAGAAGGUUUCACCCUUCGAAGUCGGACUAAAGAUUCGUAUUAUGCCAUCUGUUUCUCAACCUCAACUCGGUUGGUCAAAUGAAUCGGCAGCAACAACUGGGGAAAUUUCAAGUAUAGACAUGGAUGGAACUCUAAAUGUUAAAGUCGCCGGAAGAACCACCUUCUGGAAAGUUGCUCCAAGCGAUGCAGAACGUCUGCCUGAAUUUAAAGUCAACGAUUGGGUCCGCGUAAAGCAGUUUCUCGGAAACAGACCAAAUCAUGAAGGAAACGUUAAUGUAAAAGACAGUAUAGCCGUAGUCCACAGUACCCACGAUAUUUUCCAUGUGGAACUAACUUCCUGUUUCCGUCGAGGCAGAUGGGAAGUUCACUAUUCCGAAAUCGAAAAGGUCGAACCCUUCAAAGUAGGCCAACACGUUUGUUUCAGAUCAGCAAUAAUCGAGCCAAGGUGGGGAUGGAGAGGCGUCAACCCUAAUUCACGUGGCAUUAUAGUCGGUAUAGAUAGUAACGGUGAAUUAAAAAUAUCCUUCUCCGGUUUGCCUCAAUUAUGGAGAGGAGACCCCGCCGAUCUCCAAGUCGAACAAAUAUUCCAGGUCGGAGAAUGGGUCGAAUUAAAAGAAGACUCCGGAACAUGGAAAUCGAUAGGACCCGGGAGUAUCGGCAUAGUUCAAGGAGUCGGUUAUCUCGAUAAUCAAUGGGAUGGGAACGUUCUAAUCGCGUUUUGCGGCGAGCAAGAACUAUGGGCAGGUCCCAAUCACAAGUUGAAAAGAGCAGAGAAGCUUGUGAUCGGUCAAAGGGUUCGGGUAAAGCCCACAAUUGAACAACCGCGUUUCGGGUGGUCGGGUCAUUCGCAUAGUAGUGUCGGAACGAUAACAGGUAUAGAUGCGGAUGGAAAGCUAAGGAUGUUUGCAGCUUCAGGCUCGCGGGCUUGGAUGCUUGACCCGUGGGAAGUGGAGGUGGUGAUUGAAGAGAAACUCCGGGUGGGAGAUUGGGUUAGGGUUAAAAAGACGGUUUCUAACCCGACCCAUCAUUGGGGAGAGGUGAAUCAUAAGAGCAUUGGGGUGGUGCAUAGAAUAGAGGAAGGGGAUUUAUGGGUUUCGUUUUGUUUCUUGGACCGGCUUUGGGUGUGUAAGGAAGUUGAAAUGGAAAGGGUUCGGGCUUUUCAGAUUGGCGAUAGAGCGAAAUUUCUUGAUGGUUUGGUUACGCCGAGAUGGGGAUGGGGAAUGGAGACUCCAAAGAGUAAAGGAGAAGUUGUUGGAGUUGAUGCUAAUGGGAAGUUAAGGAUUACGUUUAAAUGGAGAAAUGGUCGACCUUGGGUCGGGGAUCCAGCCGAUAUUUGUCUCGAUGAAGACUAAGUUAGUCAGUUGUUCAUUGUCAUUACUAGUUGUCGCCAUUUAUUUUAUUUUAUUUUUGUUUGUUCGUGUUGGUUUGUAAAACUUUUUUCCUUUUUAUAUGGAUCGUCGAGGAUAAACAAAGUUGAGAGCUCCCUGUAGAUAUAAAGGUAGAGCUUUCUGUUGUAGAGAUGAAUGUAAUACGUUUAUGAUGUAUGUAUACAAUUUUACGUAGCCUAUUAUUUGUAA